UUUCUUUUCUUUCUUUCUUUCUUCUCCCUCCUUUGUCUUCCAUCCUUCGCUCCUUCCUUGUCUUCAUCCUUCGCUCCUUGUCCUUUUUCUCUGAUCCAUCCUAUUGAUGUGUCCUGUCCUGCAAUUCUGUAAUUUGGUUUAAUCUUUUUUAUUCUUCUUUUCAAAUUCAAAUUCAAAUUCAAAUUCGUUAUUGCAACCGUUUGUUUUUCUACUCGGCAUUGUCUUUUCUUUUCUUUUCUUUUCUUUUCUUUUCUUUUUUCCUUUCUUUCUUUCUUUUCUUUCGUUAUUAAACUCAUUAGCCUUUCCAUUCAUUUCAUUUCAUCUCAUUUCAUUUCUUUUCAUUUCAUAUUUGCAUUGCAUUACAAUUGUUCUUGUUUUUAUUUUUCAUUUCACUUCAUUUCCUUUCCUUUUCCACAACUUGAUUUCGAUUCAUGGCUGCAAGUGUCUCACCCAUGAUCCAAAAUGGGUCAAUGCCAAAGGACCACCUGAUUUCAUCCGAGCAGCACCUCCACCAUCAGCAACAACAACAACAACAAGAACAACAACAACAAGGCUUUUAUACUGACUUGAUGAGAAGACCCUCUCAAAAUGGUUUCUCUCAAGAAGCACAGCAACAACAACAACAACAACAACAACAACAACAACAGUUUGUGCAACAACAACAACAACUACAACAACAACAGCAAGGGUACAUUGAUCCACAGAUUGAAUCACAAAUGGAACAACAAAUGGAAUAUGAACGCCAGUUGUUCCUACAAGACCAACAAUUACAGUAUGAACAAGACCCGACCAUGUUGAAUUCUGGUCCAUUGGAGAUGAUGCCCCAAGAUCCCUCCACCUCCUCCUCCUCCACCUCUUCCUCGUCUCCUUCUAUCCUGUCUCAAUCUCAUCUGAAACCAGGUCAUAAAGCCACACUCUUAUCUUACACCCAAACCUUGGAACUCUAUCGUCAAAAUGCCAAAAAGACCAACGAUCCAGAACUUCAAUUCGAAUUUGCAGCGUUCAUGAUGGAUGCAGGAAAAUCUUUAUUACUCAUGGAGGAUCCAGCCUCGAAUCCACAGGCUCAGGCCCAACAGACCCAGACCCGAAAUGAAUUGUUUGAUGAGGCAAUGAAGCUGUUGAAGAAACUAGCGACCUACGGACAUGCAGAAUCUCAACAUUAUUUAGCAGAGUGCUAUGCCUCUGGCUUUGCCUCUUCAAAAAAGGGAGGAGGUAUUGGAGGAGGAGGGAAAGCCGAUUUUGAUAAGGCCUUUCCUUUAUGGGUUCAGGCAUCAAAACAUGGACAUCCAGAUGCGGCCUAUAGGACUGGCAAAUGUUAUGAUGAAGGAUUAGGCACUCGAAAGGACAAUGCAAGGGCCGUGCAGUUUUACAGGAAGGCAGCUUCGGCCAAUCAUCCAGGAGCAAUGUGGCGAUUGGGAGUGGUGACUCUUUAUGGAGAACUCGGAGUGUCGGCAUCGCCACGCGAUGGAGUCAAGUGGCUCAAGCGAUCGUCUCAAGCUGCCACACCAGAAUUCCCUUUUGCAUUGUACGAGUUGGCACAGCUGCAUGAACGGGGGAUUGAGAACAUUGUGUUUGUCGAGCCCGAGUACUCGGUCUCGUUGUAUUCACAGGCAGCAGAGCUGGGACAUGCAGACUCUGCGUUCAGAUUAGGAGAAUGUUACGAGUAUGGUAAACUUGGAUGUAAACAGGACCCGAGGCUGUCGAUUCAUUAUUAUACACUAGCAGCACAGCAUGAACACCCUGAAGCAUGCUUUGCAUUGGCAGCCUGGUAUCUUGUAGGAUCUCAAGGGGUCUUGCCUCAGUCGGAUGCAGAGGCCUAUAUCUGGGCCAAGAGAGCGGCCGACAAGGGUCUGUCGAAGGCAUUGUAUGCGAUGGGAUAUUUUUCAGAGGUGGGGAUCGGACCACGUAAGGAUAUGGCAGAGGCCAUU